AUGAAGGAAAGUAACCUCGAACAAGCGAAGAUGGCCACUUUCGAGUGCAUCGAGGUGUCCAACCCGACCUUGCUUGCUCUGGUGAAACAGGCAGCUGAGUCGACUCACACGCCCACACCACCCUUGGUACAACUCGCGCGCAAGACGCUCAGCAUCCUCGAAGACACCCAUGCCCAGCAUCCCGACCUCCAGGAUCUUGCCCACCAUGCUGUCAAAAUCGUCGGUCUAUUGUGCCGGGUUGGUUCAGAGAAGGAAGAGGGAGCCUAUUUCCGUCGGCUAGUCGAGGAUCUCACCCCGCUUCUCCUCAACAUCGCCAAUCAUAUUAACACCACUGAAUUUGCGGAUGAAACUGUGACCAGAGCAUCCUGCGAGCAAUUACAAUGUUUGUUCAUGGAGGUUCUUUUCCACAUCGUCCGUCAAGAUAGCCACAAAGAGAUGCUGGUCGAAUCAGGCCAGGAAGACGUAAAUUCGCAUCUUUCCUAUGCACACUCAAACCCGUUACAAGAAGCCGCACGAGAUCAGCCAACACCCGUUAAUAAUUCCUCAACACCAGGUACCCAUGCAUACCCCAAUACAAUUACGGUUCCUCCUACCUCUGUUCAUCAUCUCGGAAAUUUCCCUAUCAGCGGGUACCCCCCACCUUAUCACAUCGACCCUUUAACCCCGUUCGCUCCGGGAUUCCCGGUAUAUUAUCCACCCUCGUAUCUAAUCCCAGCAUAUCCCUGCCCCUUCCUUCCUCCACCAGGAAUCUCGAACACCAACAACAGUGGCAAUGUACAGAACAUCGUCAUCGCAAACAAUCACCACUACUUCACACCACCCCGAAGGACCUCCCAUCUCCAAAGGCGUAGACCCCGCGAGACAUCGAUACUUGACCAACUUCGGCUCGCUCAAGACGUGACGCAGGCCAUCUCGCCCCCGUUUUGGUACAGUCCUCCGCAUCCUGCAGCCACAGCCUUCGCCGGCCGAUCCACUGACGGCGCUGGUCUACGUUUCUCUGCACCGCCGCCGACACCUUACUCGGCGUUUAUUCCUACUGCGUCUUCCCCGACUCCUUACCUCCCACCCUCGCCUUCGAGUUUGGGCUCUGGGAAUGUACAGAACGUCGGUACAGGCAGCUCCGCGUCGAAAGCUCGUCGUUAUACCUGUACGAGAUGA